AUGGCCAUAAGAGCUGCACUGCGCAGCGGCUUUUCAGGUGUGGCGGUGAUGAGUUUGCAGAGUCCGCCGGUCAACAGCCUCAGCUUAGACCUUCUCACCGAGUUGUGCAUCACUGUGGAGAAGCUGGAGAUGGAUAAGAGCUGCCGCGGCCUCAUCCUCACCUCGAGCCAGCCCAAGGUCUUCUCCGCUGGACUGGACAUCAUGGAGAUGUACGGGAGGAGUCGGGAGCACUGUGCAGAGUUCUGGAGAGCCGUUCAGGAAAUGUGGUUCAAACUCUACAGCACCAACAUGGUCACUAUCGCCGUGAUCAACGUACCUCACCGUGUCACUCGUCCUCAUGGUUCCAGUCCUGCAGGAGGCUGUCUGAUGGCGAUGUCAUGUGACUACAGGAUAAUGGCGGACAACGCUCGUUACAUCAUCGGCCUUAAUGAGACGCAGCUGGGCAUUGUGGCACCAACUAUGUUUAAGGACACCAUGGUGAACACGGUGGGCCACCGAAUCACAGAGAUGGCUCUGGAGCUGGGGCUGCUCUUUAACCCUUCAGAGGCCCUGAGGAUAGGCCUGGUGGACCAGCUGGUAGCUGAAGACCAGGUCCUCACCACAGCCACACAGACCAUGACCAAGUGGUUGGCUAUUCCAGAGGAGGAGUCACACGCGGCUGUCCUCUCAGAUGAGCGCGUGCGCAGCGCUUUGCGUUACUCUGAGCAGCAGCAGACUGUCCGGUAA